CGAAUUGAAAAAUAAUAAUUUCUAUUUUGGAAAAAGAUUGUUUUCAUCAUCUUAUUAAAGGUCCGAACAGAGUGUUACAAUGAUACAACCGGAUUAUCCCACGGCUAUGGGGUUGCUGGCCCAUUUGAAUUCGGACGAAUUGAAAGAAAUGCUGAAUGACGACACAAAGUUUGAUACGGUUCUCAAGGAUGUAAAACAGGUCAAAGACUGGGAGACAGAAAAAGAGAUGAUAAUAGCCAGCAACCGGUCAUUGGCAGAGUUCAAUCUGAGCAAAGAGCCUGAUCUGGAGCAGUUGAAGGCAGAGGUGGCUGCAAAGUCAGAAAUGGGCCAAGAGAUAUGCAGUCGUAUCAAGGAACUGUUGGAUGAAUAUAAAUCAAAAUCAACCGGUAUAUCUCCCGACACAACACUAGCUCUCCUCCAAACAGCAGCAGCAGAAGUAGAGGAGAAAUCAGAAAAUAUAGCACAUGAUUUCCUAUCUGGCAAGAUAGAUGUUGAAAAGUUCUUAGAAGACUUUGAACCAAUCCGCAAAGAAAUGCAUCUACGGAAGUUCAAAGCAGACAAAAUGAGUGAGCUUAUAAGAACUGGCAGUCAAGGAUCUUACAGCAACAAUAUUCAGAGGCCAUAUUUACCGUAUCCAAGCUACGGUCCACCACAGAAUGUUCCAGGAGUGCCAUAUCCAAUGGGACCCCUCAACAUGCCUAUGCCUGGCAUGUAUGGAAACCAUUUCUAAAGUUUCUUACACGACUGCUUUACUUUUUGAACUUUUUUUAAUUUAGCCGACGCCUUAGUAUUUUGACGAUAAUGGCGAAUUUACUUCAUACUGUCUUGCAACAAAACUGUCAAAGUUUAACAUUGCUUAUCUGGGUGAAAAUGACGAAAAAUAAUACGACAGGAAACAUAAUUUGUCUGGUGUCUUAAUACACAGAAUAAGCAGUGUUUAAUUUUGGAUGUUAGCAAUUACAUUUGGCCUGAAAAUGAUCUGAAUAUAGAAAGUACAGUAGUAUUUUUUGAAGUUCAAGUUUUAGAACUGUCAAUUACGUAAUUUUAUUCUAAUGAUGACGUUCAACUUUACCCGCCGCUCAUUAGUGCACUGUUGCAAUUAUAAGUUUACCAUAAUAUUGCACUGUUAAUACAAUAGUAUAUUAACUCGAAAAGUGUAUAUUUUCAGAAACAAUGAAAACGGAAGUACUCACACUUCCCGUGAAAGAUUAUUGAAAUUUAUGUAGAGGUAUGCCAAAUAUAUCUAAAAUUGUAAUAUUAUUGAGUAAGGACUGUUUUGUUCUAAACUAAGCUCAGAAAAAGUUUGCCUCAUUCUCAGUUAAGUAGAUAUCUUUUAAUUGUUUCUUAGGCUCAAUUUACAUUGCGGCGGAACGGAAUGGAAGCGCCAUUUUCGCUUCGCUGCGCGAUAAGGCGCGCGAGUGUUGAGACAACAAUUGCUUUAGCUCAUCCCACGAUUUAGUCUGAUCCCGCUCUCCUACUAGGUUCGCGGCUUCCCCAGUUAAUCUACACAUGAAAUAAAUAGGUCAUCUGGUUGUCAUCCCCGUUAAAGGUGGACAAAAUAUAUUCACACUUCUUAAUAAAUACGGGUAAUUGUCUAGAAUCCCCUUCGAAUAAUGGGAUUAUUUUCACCAUUUCCAUGGGUACCCGAUUGAUACCAGUCGUUAUCAAAAAUUAAAUAAUUUCGCGUAAAAAGACAGAAUGAACAAAAAGUACCUAAUUCUAGAAAUAUGCUAACGAAAUUUGGUCAACAGUGUUUAAAUAAAAUGUGAUUAUAUAAACACGUAAUUAUAUUACAAGAGUGGAUAAUAAAGGAAAGCUUCAAAGGACAGUGAUAAGAUUUACUCACAGGUCCGCUGCUACUCUCAUUGGCUCUUGUCUGGAUUACUUGUCAGGAACUCUGCUUGGCUCUGGCUUGACCCUCGUACUUAUUAAAUUUGUUUGUUCGGUGAUUCCCGUCUAAGCGUUGAAACGCACGAUGCUCGACGUGUUUGUACCCGAAUUUACUACGCAUCGGGGCACAGAAGGAUCUACGAGAAUUCUACCGGCUGCGCCAAAUAAGUGACUGGCCAGAAGAUUAGUUUAAAAAAAACUUUAUUCAAACUGACAGAGUGACUGCUUAGUUCUAAUAAUAGACAAAUAAUCGGUCUUAAAACGAAUUUACAGACUUUAUAUAUUAUUUUAUUCAUUUGUCAGCAUGCGAGCAACUGGCACAGUUAGGCGUGCUGACAAAACGGAAGGAGCCACGUUCAUUAACCUUAACUCGCGCGGUUGCUGGAAUGCUUGAGCAUUCCCGCGAAUGCUCGAGCAUUUCAGCGACCGCGUCUUGAGGCUGUAGUAUGACGUCACGUUGCGCCUGCCUUCGCUCCACUACGGAUUCGCCAGGCGUCGCCGACGGGAGCUGCGGAAUCCUCGCGAAUGCGCGAGUUUCUCAAGCGUGCGCGAGUACUCCGCGGAAGACACGCGACGUGAUCUUUGGCUCGUAUCUAGUUUGAAUGUUACACAAUUGACCAUAGAGUUAAUUACGCUAUGUACAGUAUCGUUACAAAAAUUCGCUUCCAUCCCGUUCCGCCGCAAUUCCGCAAUUAUAAAUUGAGCCGUACAAUACUUUAACGACAAUUUUUUUUACGCAUAGAUAAUCAAAUUUUAACUUCAGAAAUGGUAUGAUAUUAAAUUUAACAUAUUUUUAGUUAUAACACUAGUAAUAGCAGUGCGAUAUGUAGAUAUUUGGUUAAGGGGCCUUACCAUGAACUCUUAUUACUUCGUAGCUCUGUCAGUUACAAAGUAAUAAACGAUUGUCACCGAUCCUGUAGUCGCUGUUUAUCCUAUUAUAUCAUCUUUAAUCAAUAAAUGAAUUUUAUGGCGUACUCAUUAUGAAUUUUUUGCAAUUUCAAACAUCCGGUAUUCGGCCGGAUAUUGUUCUACUAUCCGGUAUCCCGCCGGAUAUUAUAAAUAGGCCGAAUACCGGAUAUCCGUUUCAUCUCUAGAAUUUAUUAUUUGCCAAGUUUUAUUGAAAUCGGUUAACGGUAAGAGUAGAAUAUUUUAUCAUUUUUGAACGGUACCACUACUGAGGUACCCUCUUUCCAACAAAAAAGAAUCGUCGAAAUCGGAGUAAUCGCGUAACAUACAAAAAAAAUUGCAGACGGUUAAAAAACAAUUGAAAUCUAUUCCAUUGACCCAUAUUGACCACACCUCGGAUGUGUAUAGAUAUUUGAUUAGUUUGACCAAUCAGAUCAUUUUGACGCUAACUGUACAUACCACAUAGUUAUCUAAGUUCAAUUUAUGUGGACAGUUAUGGGUUUGUAUUUGUGUUGUGAUUGUCUACUUUUUAUAUUUAAAAAAAUAUUUGGUGUACAACUUUGUCUUUUAUGUGUAAGCUGUAAUAGUUUAAAUGUAAUAAUUAGAUUUAUUAUGAAAGCAUUUUUUUUUGUGUCAAUUACCUAUUUACGUAUAUUCAGUUUAUUAAAAUCAAAAUGAAGUGAAAAUAUUGUUUACAAUGACAUAUUUUUACCUCUGUCCGUAUGAUAUGGUGCUUGUAGUGAAAAUGUGAUUAAAAUUAUGUGAGUAAACAUAAUAGGACC